AUGAUUCAGCAGUUCAAGGAAAUCUUGCCCGCAGUCGACUUUGACAUGUACUGUGAUAUUCAGUUAGCUAAAGCGCUCCCUUCGUUCAAAAAAUUCGACUGGAUGAUUUUGCAAACCCUGAUUGAUCAAAUUUACGUCGUCGCGGAAAACCGUCCGGCAAACUUCCGCGGUUAUUUCACCAAUACCCAGUCUUUGAACGCGUUCAAGCUCAUUGCGAAGACCCUCCACGAUCUCAUCGAAUCCUCUGGUUCUUGCUACAAACCAGAUGUUUACCCUCAAUGCACGAAUUUCCGCGAUAUAACGAGGAAAAUUGUGUUUAUUCUGAGCAUGGUGAGUCUUCUUGAUCCAAGUCAGCUUGAGAAUGCGACGAAAUUCUUUGACUACUCAUCUGAAUCACCUGAAAUUGUUCUUGGGAUGAAAGAUGCGAUUCUUGAAGCGUUGAAAUUUGAGCUUCCUGACUCGGGAGGUGCUUUGACGUCGAAAAACAGCGCAGAAAUCAUCUGCGUUGAAGACACAAAUGAAGAUGGCGAUGAUGAUACUGUUGUCGCCGAAGAAGGGAUAAUGGAUAUCGACAAUGAUGAUGAAGACGACGACGAUGAUGACGACGAAGAUGACGACGAAGAUGAAGACGAGGACGAUUAUGAAACGGGGACGAUUGACGGCGAAGAUCAUGAGGACGAUGAUGAUGAAGAUGAUGACAACGAUGUAGAUAUGGAGGAAGAAGAUUUCUCUAGUGAAAUCCUCGAAGGCGGCGGAGAAGGAUUCCAGAAUGACGGAAUUGUGGUCGAAAUCCCUGGUGACAUCAGAGGCAUCGAUCUUGACCGACUUCUCCAGGACAACGACUCCUCAAUCGCAGAUCUUGCCCUUGCACUAUCUAUUCAGGCGGAUGAACGGCGUCCUGAUCCACCAAUUAGCCGGCUACCCAUUCCAACUGUGCCGGACACAAUCGAAAGCGACAAAGAACAAGACGAAAAUAUCCCGAGCACACCUGCUGAAGUAAAAACAUCUCCAUCAGAAGACCCAAUCUUCUCGAAAGAGCGACAAAGACAGUUCGCUAUCAAGCUGAUUUCCCAAAUCGUUGCUGAUGACAAGAAUGACGUUCGAAUCCAAUACCAAUUGAUUCUCGCUGCACUGUCGAAAUUGGACGUUAAUGAGCCAGAUGAACUCGAUGUGAUUGAAAGCGUCAUUUCGAGCCUUGUGCUAAAAAUCAAGGAGACUAAAUCAUUGCUUCAUAUUAUUAUUCUCUCCGAAUUCCUCAGAUUCAACAAUGAUUUUACUUCCAUCAUCUCUCAGCAAAUCAGCAAUCAUGGCAUUAUCGAUAUUUUCACCAGCUACAUUGGAGACAAUGUCUCAGUUACGCCAAAGAACUCACAAUCUACGACUAAAAAAUCAUCAGAGCAAGAAAAAGCAGAUCAGAAGCCCUUCAUUAUUCCAAAAGAAUACUCAGCAAACAACAAACUUGGCACUGUCAGCGCCAUGCUACGUCUUCUUGAGGCGUUAAAAGAAAGAGAUGCUCUUCUUCAAGUUCCACCGCUGCUGCUUGAUCUAGUCAUAAAAGUCAUCGUCCGCGAGGAAUCGUCAAAGUGGUUCAUUAAUGUCUGCAAGCGUUUUGGUCUUUGCUUUACGCAGUCGGCUGAAAAGUUCAAAGCUCGCCUCGAUCGGGAGAGACUGAUCAAGAGCUUCGAAAAACUCCAGGUUUACGCGAACAAUGACUCUUUAGAUCUAUCCUACAGUCAGCUCUCUGAGCUUUACGAAGAACUCAAGUCAAUUGUUGAGAUUGCUCAAAAGCGACCAGGAUCAUGGCAAAAAUUUGUGGAAAAUCGUCCUCAUAUAAUCGAGCUUAUCCUCAAUCUCCCGACGAACAUAGAAUGCUGCAACAAGGACGUCAUCAAGCUCCUUGAAGUGAUCGUAUCUCCAGUUCAAAUUGGCACUCAAAAGUCUCGAAAACAAUCCGAGUCGAUUUGCGAAAAACGUAAGCGCUCCAAAUCCCAGGGAAGCGCCAAAAAUACAGGCGAAAACUUUGUGGACAAAUUUCUCGACAGUAAGCGUCCAUCGAGCCUCAUUUCUCAUCCCUUGUUCGUUCGAAAAAAUCUCUUCUCCGAGUCGGAAAGCGUCCGAUGGGCAAUGCACUCGCUGAUGAAAACGCUGUUUGCGGAUUGCUCUGAUGCUAAAAAGCCGGUACUCGUCAAGUUUUUGUGGACAAUGUUCAACUCUUCGAUUCGGUUUGGUCAGCGAGCCAUCCAGUACACCGAUCUCCUCGGUUUCUUCACGAUUAAAUCUAAUAUCCCGGCUGAAACGCUCAAGGGAUACGGCGAUCUUGUUGCAAGAACUUUGAAUUCGCAGUUGACUCAACUAUCAACACAUUCGAAUUCGCUACUUUACUCAAGACUUGCGGAGCAGCUUUCUUUCGGCGGAUUUUAUCUUGAAUCCCAGCUUUGUCUCUCUUGCAACACUCAGAACGAGGAGUUCACAUCAUCAACGAUCACGGGCCUCAAGGGUGAUACAAAGUACACAACUACCGCUCAGAUUUAUAAACUCAAAGCCGGCCAGGAAAUCCAGCGGGUGAGUAUGAAGCUGACCGAUGUGAAGCGAACGCGACAUGUGAAAUCAAUGACUUUGUAUUACACGACAAGAACAAGCAUCCCGAUUAUCGAGCUGAAGAACUCACCACAACUCUGGUUGAAAGCGAAGACAAUCCAACUCUCGCAGGGACAGUCAGAAGUCACUUUCAAUCUUCCAGUUUCAAUCAAGGCGAACUUCUUGAUCAUCGAGUUUUCAUCUUUCUACGACGAGAGCUACUCGAUCCCUGAAACGCUUCCUUGCCCUCGAUGUUCGAACAAUGUUCACACAGAUCCAGGAAUCUGUGGCAACUGCGGCGAGAAUGUUUUCCAGUGUCACAAAUGUCGAAUGAUCAAUUACGACGAGCGGGACCCUUACAUUUGUACCCAGUGCGGAUUCUGUCGUUAUGCCAAGUUCAGUCUUUCAAUGUCAUCAAGAAACUGCACCAUCGCCGAUCCAGUUGAAACAGAAGACGAGCGAAAGCGAGCAGAAGUAGAACUCAAAAAGCAGCUUGUGAAAGCUGACGCAACCUGGGAAAAACUAAUUGUCCAGCGACGUGAGCUAGAGGACUCUUGCUACGAAAUCGAAAACGGCGGCAAAGAGGAUUGUAAAAAAGAAGCAAAGCCCAAGGCUCAGCCACUAGUUACAAAAUACAAUGAGUGCAAGACAAGUCAUAACGAUAUCACAUCAAUGAUUCGAGCAGCAAAUGCUUGCCGAGAAACACUAGCAGAUUAUGAGAGAAGAUCAAACUUGAAUGCAGGGCUGCCCUGCUUGAAUGCAGUGAAAUCAACGCCGAAACUAACUGGGGAAAAUGACUCAAUUUCGAUGUCAAAUUGCUACGGCUGUGCUGUGAAUGGAGCAGAGAACAAUCUCACUCUCGUCCGAGCUCUAUGUCAGAUAACAUCUGUUCGCGAAGCUCUUAUCGCUGACGGCGCCGUGGAAAAGCUUCUCUCAUCUCCGCCAAACCUUGGAAGCUCGAAUUUACGAAAGCUCAUCCGAAGAGCAAUCUGUCGACUUGUUCGCGGCUCGAAGGAAGCCUCAAAAGAACUAGGAGAACGACUCAAAGAAAAGAUCAUCUCUCUCGCCAAGCAAAAUCAAUCAAUUGCACGGCUGGAUGUUCUUCUUCGAGAAGAUCUUGAGCUCCUAAAGCAAUCGCUGAAAUAUCGAGACUCCGGAUGGGAAUAUCGAAUCAAAGCGGCCAUGGCCAUCUUCCUCGAAGCGUCAGAACUCUGUGACAAUGUUUCAUCUGGAACGACAAUCGUGAAUGGAAUUUUACUCCCUUGUCUAGCAAUUCUCAAGAAGCAAACCAGCAGCCAAGAAAACAACAAGGAGAGCCGAACACCAUCUCCUUAUGACGUCAAUUUCCGAAAAUGGGCAGAUGGCGAUCCUGAUCAUCAAUACGAAACCCGCACAACUGCUAGAAUCGACGAGGAAGAGGAACCAUCAUUAAAAUCUGUUCCAGAGUCGUACUGGCUGCCAAGACUUAUGUUCUGCAAAUGGUCUCAAGAAGCUAGAAUUCAAGCUUGUAAUGUUGUCAGCAAUUUGGCCAAGAACAGGAAGACCGAAAUCAUCGAUCUAAUGGUGACUUACUUUAAAUAUGUCAAUGAAGCCGGAGAAUAUGCUGUUGAGUAUCUUGGAUUGCUCAGAACUCUGCUUGUAAAAGAACAAGAACUUGCGCCUGGGCUUUCUUCUUUGUUACUGAAAGGACUUGGCGAGCUUUUGAUGUCUCAAAUCAAUGCGUUGAUGAAACAAGAACUUGAAUAUUCUCAGAUGACCACGAUUUCUUCUAGCACUGACCUUCGAGUUGGGAAAACCCUCGACGCGAUUGUCCUACUGCUCUACAUCAUCAUUGAUAAAUCGAAAGAUCUGCCCUUCAAGAUGAUCAAGCCAAUCCUGCGAGGCUAUCUCAGUCUCUGCAGAGUCUCUCUUUACGAACCAAAGCGAUUGACGACGCCCAAGAUGGAUGAUUUCCAGGCGAGUCAGUUUGUUUUCGAGCGACUCUGUAAUAUCAUCCGUCCUGAAUCAACCGAGGACGAGUCCUUCCGAGUUCAAAUCGACAAAGAUCCUCUGCAAGAAGAAUUUCUACCAGGUCGAAUGGUCAACAAUCCUUAUCCAAGUUCGGCCGUUGGAGAAACAAUCCGCGAUUUGAAGAACAAGAUCUGCCGUGAUACAGAGCUCAUCGCGAUGGUCGACGACGAUACGAGCUUGGAGCUAUUAGUUUCGAACAAAAUCGUCAAACUUGACCUGGCCGUCGCAGAUGUCUACAAAAAGAUAUGGCUUCAAAACCACGAGACCAAUGUGCCAAUGCGAGUCAUCUAUCGUAUGCGAGGAUUGAUGGGCGAAGCGACAGAAGAAUUCGUCGAGACGCUACCGGAAGACGAUCAAAAUGAAGAAGAGAUCUUCAAACGAGCAUCUUAUCUUGCUGUCGAUAAUGGAUUGGAGACGGUUCUCGAUAAACUCGAAUCCAUCCGAUCUCUUAAUUCUCGAUCACGACCGCUUCUUGGCGCUGGAUUGAAAUUGCUCGGAUUCUGCGUCCAUCUUCGCGUUUGCCGAGACGCACUCGCUGAGAACUCCUCCGCUUCCAUGUUGAACAUCAUGCUUCAACUGUUGAACAUCUGCAUCGAAGCAAAAGAAGCAAAACUCGUCGAGGACAUCCUAGCAAUCAUGAAUCGAGUUUUAGCUGAAGCAGCAACCCACGGACAGGAAACAGAAACAGGCCACAAACACGAACUGACGAAGCUUCUUAAGGCUAUCGACUCCGAGUUUGUUCAGUCGCGGCAAAAUAUCGUCAUGUCACUGAUGGAAAUGAUCCCGUUCUUAUCAUUCGGAGAUGAGCAACUCAUGGAGCAGCUGAUUAACCAUUUCGAUAGCGUCCUUUCCAACUUAUCUAGCUUUGACGAGUCUCAAGAUGAACAACACAAGAUCUACCUCGAGUGCUUCUGUGACAUCCUCAAAGGUCUCAAGCCCGAUAACCCGGGUGGCAAGCAUUUGAAGGAUCUCAUGUACGCUAGAAAUUUGCCUCGACAGGCAAUCGAUUAUCUGCGAGCUAAAACACCUUCGGAUAAGAAUUACGCAUCUGAUGAAUGGAAAGAUCUUCUUGAACGACCCGUUCUUCCAUUUAUUCUUCGGAUUUUAGCUGGACUCGCUACUGGGCAUCCUGAAUGCCAGAAGCUUAUUGGAGAAAUGGUAAUUCCUGAGUUGCAUCGAUUGGAACAAGUCGCUGCUGGCGGAAUCGGUACUCUGGCGGAGGAAGCUCUCGAAGCUCUCAGAGACAAUAGUGAUGUUUUCAAGCGCGUCUCUGAAGCCCGCCGGGCCACUCGCAAGGAAAAAGCUAAAGUCGGCAAAUCGCAUCGUAUGAAAACACUUCUCAAACUCGGUAUGGCGGAGAAUACCGACGGAACCAUCAAAGCUGACGACCGCAAAUCCGAAAAAAUGAAGCUCGAACAAGCAGAAGACGGGCCUCUUUGUGUCAUCUGCAAAGAAGGAUGCCAGUUUGAACCGAAGAAAAUCAUGUCGAUCUACUGUUUCUGCAAGAGAGCUACUGUCGAGCCGUUUGAAGCGAAUUCGAGGAAGACCGUCGGCUUUGAGACAGUGUCCAGCUUCAAUUUGAUCCACAACGAGUGUCACAAAAAAGCGGUUGUUGCUAAACGAUCCAGGGAUGAGUGGGAGACUUCUUUCCUUCAUAACAACAGUACCCGGUGCAACGCGCUCUUGCCACUGUGGGGCCCUGAAGUCAACGAGUCUGAUUUCUCAACCCAAAUGGCGAAAUUCAACGAGUCUGUUCGCGACGCUACUGGCGUAUCUCCCGAUGUCACCUGGCUUAUUCACAACAUCAAAUUGAUGCUGCACCGAUUUUCAACGAAUGGCAAAUUCUACCUUGAUGCGGGCGGCGGAGGACCGGAGAGUAACAUGAAAUUCUUGCCGCACUUGAUUCACUACAUUUUGUACACGACUAACACCCUCAAAACUCAGAGCUCUUUGAAAACGCCGAUUCAAACCUUCCUGGACGAUUUCAACGUUAAUUCAUCUUGGGCCGUCUCUGGCUACUUCUACAAAGCUACAUCAGCCCUUAUCGUGUUUAGUAAAGAGGAAUGGAUUAAAUGCAGAGUCGACUUUUUGAAGAAAAUGAUCAUUUGUACCCACAUGCGUGAAGUCUCAAUUAACCCGAAAAAGGGAGUCACCGAGGCAGAACGAAAGGAACUCCCCUUUGAAAAGUACAAGCCUACGAUUUUGUUCUGGUUCCUAAUUGAUCAAAUCUUGGACAAGCUUUUUGACGAGCAGGCAAUUUCUGACAGCGCCGGAGAGGAAUACACAGAGAAACUGCAAAUGUUCAUCCGAAAGAACACUGUUUCUCUUCAGAAGUCCUGCGAAAAGUUGGUGAAGACAUUCAACGAAGAAUUCAUUGUCGUGGAUUCCCUGGAGGAAUUCAUUGAUGUGGCGAGUCUUUACAGCGUAAUUGAGCCUUCACUUGUCAACGAUUCGAUUUCACAGAUUCCCGAAGAUACCACCACUGAAAACUUGAUCAAUUAA